ACAAUUUUUCGCUACGCUUGUAUCUCGCGUUUAUUUGCAUUUAAAUGCAGUAAUCGUGCUGUUUUGAUUGUAAUUGUGUUGUAAGGUUGCAAUGACUGCUGCAUAGAGGUCUAAAUGCAUCAUUGCCCCACUGUAAAUGCACUUAAGAUUAAAUAAAUUGUUUAAUAUCUAGUCGGAUCUUUUAGUGUCAUAAAUGCAUACCCUGCAUUUGAACAGAAUGAAAUAUGCUGACAACAGGUUUGGUGGGACUUGCUGUCUCCCACAAUCCACACGUCUUCGGAUUCUCUACACAAAGAUCCUGGGCAGUCUUCAAACAAUGCCUCAGGAUGCUGCCUACAGAAAAUAUACUGAACAGAUUGUCAAUGCGAGAUUUAACCACGUCCAAACUGAGCCUGAUCUAGGAAAGCUAGAAAAGAAAAUCAACGGUGGACAAAUAGAGGAGGUCAUUGCACAGGCUGAAGCGGAGCUGUCCUUGUCUAGGAAGAUGACAGAAUGGAAACCAUGGGAACCGCUUUUAGAGGAGGCGCCGGAAAACCAGUGGAAGUGGCCAAUCUGAAGUCCUCAUGGCGUUCAUGUAGAUUUGUAUUAUAUUUAUAUAUAGAAAGCAGUAGAGGAAAAUGAUACCUCCUAUGAUCUUAUAAAUGAUCAUGACAUCAUUUCAGAUGUGAAAUAUCUGUGUAUAUGAUAAUAAAAGGACUUAAUAUGAGUAAAGCAAUGCAAACGUGUUUGACGGAGAAAACUAUACAAUAGCUCCAUUGCCAAAUCGAAUUCAAGCUGAAUACUAGGUAUUAUGGCAUUUCAAACUGUGUCAUUUUCAAACAAUUGCUUAACCAUUUAAAGUCAAGAAAUUAUAUAACAUUGUUAAAUAUGUCCCUUGAUAGCACAGAGAUGGUGAAAUCCAGUUUUGUUUAUUUUUAUUAUUUUCCUGGUGUCUAAGAACGUCCUGUAUUAAUGGCUGAUGAAAGGGCUAAAAUAACACACAGUUUAAAUAAAAGUUUAUAAAUUUGAAGAUGUAAUCACUGAACAGUGGUUAUGAAUUGAUUGAAUUGUGAUUCAUUGGAUGCAAUGUUUAGAAUUCUUGCACCUCAAUGAAGCAUUAUAAACAUGAAAUAUAUGACAAUUUCAGUUACAACAUGUAAAAACUAAAUUAUACUGUAUAUAUUUAUCCUCCUGUGACCCGAGCGUGAAUUCUGUGUGCAUUUUCAAUUUCCUAAAAAUGUAUGGCAACAUAUGUGGACAGCGGGAAUAAGUUGACAAAUUUUCAAUGACAAGCUAUAAACAGUCAGAUUUUUUUUUUAACCAAAAUUGUUUAUUAUGUUUCCAGGAAUGUUGACACAUUACAGACAUUAUUUCAGAAAUUAGCAUAAUUAAUUCUGAUUCAAAAGUAAUGUCCAGCAUCAUCCAAUCACUGCCAAAAUAAAAUGAUACAUUCUAAAUUCUGAAUCUAUGUGUUGAUUAUCAUUGUCUCGUGUGUGCCAAACGUGUUGAGUGAUCCAAACAUCUUCUACAGUCUGAAACUGAACUUUUGAUGAAAAGUUAGGAGUGAAUGCACUUGACUGCAUAGACCGAUAUAGGAUGCUCCCUUGCUCCCUAUUUAGUGAAUGACUUAACUCCAGUGUGCUGUCUGUCUGCACUGGUCUUAGAACAGUUCGAAAUGCAUUUUAUUUUAAUCUUAACUCCAUAUAAAGCCUCUGAAAGCAACAUUUUCCAGCUUUUUGAUGUAUCAAUGUAUUAAUGCACAGGAAAUACAGGACAUUUUUAGGAAAAUGAACCAAUAGUCCACAUACGUGGUCACUGUGUUUAACAGCAUGGCGUUUCGCGAUAGAUCGAUACAAUUUUAAAAACGGCAUAUCGGAUGAAACUACAGACUCUAAUAUUUUGACUCAAACAGAUUUUAAUGUAAAAACUUAAUUAGGUUUCUUACCAGACGUAGUUGUGUUGACAUUUCUCCCAAAGCCAAACACAGCUGUGAUCGGCACCAUGUUGUUUUGUCACAUGACUCAGUGUGCUGAAAGCUUGAACCUUUAAUGACAGCCUACAGUCUCAUGAUCUAAGAUCAGUCAGUUUAAAUGAAAUUAAAUUAUGCACAGCUUAUAGCGAAGCCAAAACGUAAUGUACACGCAUGUGGAUGUGGGGUCUCAGGAGGAUAAACAUUUAAUUGCUACAGGAACAAGAAACAAAGUAGUACAAAAUCUAGCCAUAUAAAUGUAUUUUGGUCUAUUGGUGUGUUUUUUUUACAUAUUAAAAAUCACACCUCUUUGUUCUGUGUUGGGGAGUGUACUAAGAGGCUACUUUACAUUCAUGAAUGCAUUUGAAAUCUAAAUUUUUUCUCUCCUACAUAUACAUGUGUAUCUAACAGUUAUGUUAAAUUAAUCUAAGACAUGACCAUCAAUACAACAAUCACGGUUUUCCAAAAAAGUAGAAAUAUUGGCAUUAGUUACAACAAUAUUAUAUGAAAGCAUUUUAUGUAUAAAGGUAACAAAAAGGAACAAUAACAACAACAAAAAAUAUCCUGUACCUUCAAAUUCUGUAUAAAGACUUAUGGAGGGUUUUAAGCCAA